AUGGAAAAUGUGACAUUUAAUAGUCCUUUUUUACAGCUGGAGGGACUGGUUGUCCCUGAACAAACCUUGUAUCCUACAUUUCUUUUCUUUCUCAUUUUCUAUCUGCUCAUUAUGGUAGCUAAUAUUGGAAUCAUUCUGCUCAUAACAAUGGAAAGAAGCCUACAUGAACCUAUGUACAUUCUCUUCUGUAAUCUUCCCUUUAAUGAUGCAUUUGGAAACUCUGUCAUUUUCCCUCGGUUGCUUGGGGACCUUUUAAGGCCAAAAUCUGAACGCUACAUCAGUUAUACUGAGUGUGUUGCUCAAGCCUUUGGUUUCCACCUGUAUGUUGUUGCCUCUCACACUGUACUCAUGGUUAUGGCCUUUGACAGAUAUGUUGCCAUAUGUAAUCCACUGCACUAUACAACUGUCAUGACUACCAAAAUGGUGGUUAAACUGACUGCAUCAGCCUGGGGUGUAGCACUAGUCUGUGUGAGCAUAUUGUUAGCUCUGACAAUAAGGCUGAAUCGCUGUGGAAUAUUCAUAGAAAAUCCGUUCUGUGAUAAUGCAUCACUGUUCAAACUGUCAUGUGAAAAUCCUUACAUUAAUAAUGUAUAUGGCCUGAUAUACACAGUAGCUUUCCUUAGCUCUUCUAUGGGAUGCAUUGCACUUACUUAUGCCAAAAUAACAGCUGUCUGUAUUAAUCGUAAAAACAAAACUUUGAACAGCAAGGCUUUGAAAACCUGCAGCACACACUUGACUGUCUAUGUCAUCAUGUGUACAUCUGCGUUAACCAUGAUCAUACUCCAUCGUUUCUCUGGUUAUGCAGAUUACAGGAAAGGAGCUGCGCUGCUUUUCCAUGUUGGCCCAGGUAUUCUGAACCCUGUCAUAUAUGCCCUGCAAACUACUGAAAUUAGACAUGCUCUGCUGAAGAUUCUACACUUAAAGAGGGUGAUCCCAUAA